AUGUCAAAGAGAAAGUUUAAAAUCCCGAAUGUUAGCGUUUUCAGUUUGAACCCAACGGUCAGACAAAAUACAAAUGCUAAUAAGGGGAAAGUUUUGACCAAUCAUUCACCAGCACCAUCAACUUCUGUGCUUCGUAAUUCUGAGACAAUCGACUUGACUGAAAAUGAGCAACUGAGGACUCUUUACGAUCAGUAUAAUUACUCAGAUGUGUUGGCGUUUAAUACUAUUGGAGAGGAUUUGACUAUCAUUGAGCCAGUGAUCACAGAAUCUUCCACUGCUGCAUUAAAACGAAAACAUGAAUCUGAUAAUGAGAACGAAAAGAAUCAUGAUAUAAAAAGACGCAAAGAUUGGUCAUAUAGUGAAUCGCUUGUUCUCCUUGAUAUAAUUGCAUCAUAUUGGAAAAUACUCAAUAACAAGAAGACUAACAAUGAGAAGGCUAAAGUCUGGCAGAAGAUGUUCGAUGAUUUUGAGCAACGAUGUGAAGGCCGCACAUUGAAGGCCUUCCGGAAAAGGUGGGAGAAGCUUGUCGAGGAAUAUAAAGCAUUUAUUGACAAUAAUAAAUGGAGCGGAUCUGGGAGGCACGAAUUUAUGUAUGAGGAAGAAAUGAGAGGAAUAUUCGAGGAUGAUCCUGUUUUUAAUCCAGUAUAUAAUUCAGAGACUAGAAAAAAUACAGACUCGAAUGAAGAACACAAAAUGAAAAAAGUUAAGAAAGAAAAGGGGAAAGAGAAAAAGAAGUCUUCUUCAGAGACGGUAACCAUAAUUAAGGAGCUUUAUGAACAAAAUGCGCGACAUAUGAUGGAGUUUCAGGAUAAGUUAUUGUCUGUGUUGAGUGGUCUCGUUACGUCUCUUAAUAGUAAAGAUAAUGAUGGCAAUGCCAGUAAUUGA